AUGAAAAGAAAAGUAUCUUCCACACAUAACUACACCAGUGCGAUUCCAACAACGAAAAAACUCGAUAUGGUCAAAUCAACAGAAUUUUCGCCAAAAUAUCAAAAUGCGAAUAUCAAUGAGUCAAUUGCAAAUUCGACAAGUAAUCUCAAUCGAGAACAUGAUGUCGAUGACUUUGCUGAUCGAAUCUUUGAUUAUCUCGAUGAAACUUGUACAAAAACAGCUCUUCAUCCAGUUGAAAACAAUCAAAUCAAUUCCUCUCCUUCUACUACACUUUACCAAUCAACUUCGCUUGUACAAAAGGCAUCCGACCAAGAAAUUACGAAAUCAUUCGUAUGUGCAUUCUGCCCAUAUUCGACGCCAAAUAUUCUCGAAUUUCAAACACAUGUGGCUAAACAUACUGAAAAAAAUUUUCGAUGUUUGUUAUGCAACUGCAUGUACAAAUAUCGACGUGAUUGCGUGACACAUAUGAAACGUAAACAUUCGAGUACAGUUACUGGUAUACAUGAAAGAAAACCGUUGAAUAAAGAUCGGACGAUGUCUCCUUUCUCAGGAUCUAUCUCACAAUACAUACAAAAGAUGUCUAAUCCAACCUCGAUCAAUAAUACGGUCACAAAUCCACCAUCGACUGAACCGAAACGAUACGGAUGUCCGUAUUGUUCAUUGAUGACAAGAUCAACUUCAUCAAUCUAUAAACAUCAGUCUCGUAAACAUGCUUUACUACCAAAAGUUGUACAUAAGUAUUCGACCGAAGAUUCCAAUUCACGAAAUCUCAUUGCCAUACUUGAACAAAAAUCAGUGAAAAAAUCACCUGCCCCAAUUUUAGACAAUAAGUCACCAUCAACUGCACAAUCUGUUAAUAUUGUACCAACCUCUACUGAUAUAGGAAAAUUUUCACCAGCAUCAUCAUCCUCAUCAUCCGUCGUCGAACAAUAUGUAGAAUCAUUUUCAGUCAACGACUCUGAGCAAUAUCCUAAUUCGAAAUACAUGACAACUCAUAACAUCUAUUCAUCGAAUGGUGAGCUAUCGAAGGUGUUUCAAUGUUAUUUAUGCAACUAUCGGGCACAACAUCCAAGUAAUGUCAUCCGACAUCUCAAAGCUGUUCAUUCAUUUAAUUAUGAUCCAUCAAAUGAAUUCAACAAUCAAUCUGAAGAUAGUACCGACAGAUUAAUGAUCGACUAUGACGAAGAUAAAGUUGAUUCACAUUCUGAAGAGAAGCCGAUCUGUUCAUUGAACACCGUAGUUCAAGCUCCGGUUGUUGUUCGUCAAAUAAAACCUGAUUGUGAUUCAGCGAAGCCAUUUGCAGACAUUCAUCUAUCAGUUAAUAUCUACCUUCCGAAACGAAAAAAAUCUAUUCAAGUUGAUCGAGUGGCUAGCAAUUGUAGUAACACAGACUAUUCCAAUGCCGAUGAUGAUCGUAAUAAUGACGAUCAAGAUGAGAAAGUAAAAGUUCAAGUUUCUACAUCAACUACACCUACUGUCGUCACUGGUGGAUCCUUGUAUAAACCACACAAAUGCCGUCGAUGUUUUUAUCGAUCAAAUUGGAAAACAGAUAUGCUGCAUCACAUCCGUCUCAAACAUCAAAUUAGUCACGUCACCAAACAUGAUUACAUAUCUAUGGAUGCUCAAUCUGCACUUCAGACAUUCUCCAACUAUGAGAAUACUUUUGGAAAAGCUCUUAAAAAUCGAUUGUUGCUAUCCAAAAUAGAUUACGUCGAUUGCAGUUGGGAACAGUUGAAAUUAAAACUGUUUAACAGUAAUGACGACAAAAAACUAAUCCAUCAUGACUGUCUUUCAUCGCAAUCGUCCUCUUCAUCGUCGUCGGCAGCAGCAACAGCAGCAAUAUCAUUUGCUCACGACACUUCGUCAGCAUUGAACAAUGAUCAAACGAACCAUUUCAUAUAG